AGUGGGAGGAGCUGUUUCUGGGUGUUGUUGAUUUGUGUGCACUGAAAAAUCUUGAGUGGGAGUUGUCGGACCAGUUAUUGCAUGAUUUCUCUUCUGAUUUGCACCGAUAGCCGACUCGCCACCUGCAGUCAUGCCCGGGAUAGAGAAGUUGCCAAUCGAAGAGACGCUGGAAGACAGUCCGCAGACUCGUUCUCUGUUGGGAGUGUUUGAGGAGGAUACUGUGGCCAUCUCCAACUACUGCUCUCAGCUCUAUCAGGCCAUGAACCGGAUUUAUGAUGCACAGAAUGAACUCAGCGCAGCAACACACCUGACGUCCAGACUACUGAAGGAAUACGACAAGCAGCGUUUUCCACUUGGAGGAGACGAUGAAGUGAUGAGCUCUACACUGCAGCAGUUUGCUAAAGUCAUAGAUGAGCUGAGCUCCUGUCACGCGGUCCUGUCCACUCAGCUCGCGGACGCCAUGAUGUUUCCCAUCACACAGUUCAAAGAGAGAGAGCUGAAGGAGAUUCUGACUCUGAAGGAAGUUUUCCAGAUAGCAAGUGAUGAUCACGACACUGCCAUUAACAGAUACAGCCGGCUGUCCAAGAGAAGAGACAAUGACAAGAUGCGAGCCGAAGCGGUGGAGGACGUGUACACGUCACGUAAAAAACAGCACCAAACGAUGAUGCAUUACUUCUGCUCUCUGAACACACUUCAGUACAAGAAGAAGAUGGCUCUGCUGGAGCCGCUGCUCGGCUACAUGCAGGCUCAGAUCAGCUUCUUCAAACUUGGCUCAGAAAAUCUGACGCAGCAGUGGGAGGAUUUCCUUGGAACCAUCGGAGCCAGCGUCCAAAACGUUCGAAGGGAGAUGGAGGAAGAAGCGGGGCAGAUGCAGCAAACAAUCCAGCAGAUGGAGAUGUCAUGUGACCCACUCUAUGCACCUUGUGACCCAGAUCUUGUCCAUUCACCCGUCUGCCGUAACCUGACCAGGAAGCAGGGAUACCUCUAUAUUCGCAAUAAAACCGGCCUGGUGUCUUCCUCGUGGGAGCGGCAGUAUUUCUUCACUCAGGGAGGAAACCUGAUGCAGCAGGGCCGAGGGGAAGUUGCUGGUGGGCUGGUUACAGAUCUGGACAACUGCUCCGUCAUGGCAGUGGACAGCGACGACCGGCGCUUCUGCUUCCAGGUCACGUCUUUCGAUGGCAAAAAAGUGGUGACUCUGCAGGCUGAGAGCAGGAAGGACUGUGAAGAGUGGAUCGCCACCAUCAAUAACAUCUCCAGGAGGAUCUACCUCAGCGAGAAUGCAGAGGAGCUUGCAGCACGGGUGAACCAGUCAGCUCUGGAGGCUGUGACGCCGUCACCGUCCUUCCAGCAGAGACACGAGAGCAUGAGACCCAGCAGUAAAGCCCGCGCGGGACGAGCCAGCAGUAUCAGCUCUGUGGGAUCCGAACCGUCGCCGGCUCUUUCUGUGCUCUCCUUGGAUGCCCUGGUGGCACCCGAUACCCCCAUCCAGUUUGACAUCAUUUCCCCAGUCAGUGAGGAAAGUGCGGGACAGAACAAAGCAGCAGCACAGUCCGGCAGGCGCAGUAAUCCCUUCGGCGAGUCUGGAGACGGAACAUCAGAAGAUAGCGAAGACUCCAUUCUCCACCAACUUUUCAUCGUCCGCUUCCUCGGCUCCAUGGAAGUGAAAGCUGCCGAGUCAGCAGACGUCAUCUCAGAGACCAUGAGGCAGAUCUUGGCGGCCAGAGCCAUUCACAACAUAUUCAGGAUGACCGAGUCUCACCUACUGGUCACAUGCGACUGCCUCAAACUCAUCGAUCCUCAGACUCAGGUCACACGACUCAGGUUUCCUCUCUCCAGUGUCCUUCAGUUCUCCUCGCAUCAGGACAACAAGAGGCUGUUCGGUUUUCUCCUUCAGUCCACCAGUGGGCGUGGAGAGACCCGAGCCGUCUGCUAUAUCUUUGAGUCCAACAACGAUGGAGAAAAGAUCUGCGACAGCAUCGCUCUGGCUCAGCAGAUCGCUUUCCACUCGGAGAUGGACCGCAAGGCCGAGGAGAAGAAGAAGGAGCAGGACAAAGCCAAAGAGAAGCAGCAAGAGGAGCUUUGCAAGCAGCGGCAGAUCGAGAAGGAUUUGGAGGAGCAGAGUCGUCUGAUCGCCGCCUCCAGUCGCCCGUCCAACCCUCCCGCAGCUGAUGGACAGUUCCUGGUGCUCAGCCAGAGCCAAUCAGAGGACAGCGACACGGGUGAGGUGGGCAAGAAGAAGGGUGAGUCUGAAGCCUAGCGCCACGACGGUGGACACAGUUAGUGUCUGCACAGAAGAGCACCAACAGGAAAGGCGCCUGUCUGGACUGCGUGGGUUUGAAGAACAAGUUUCCCUCUCUGCUGCAACAAAAUAAACAUGUAACGUUGAUUUUAAACUUUAUUUUUGUUAAAUGAAACAUAUAUGAAGCUAAGAGUUCGGCUAAUUCUGGAUCUGUUGCGGAACCCCAGAGAUUCUUACAGGAAUUUGGGUUAAGAAUUUCACAAGGAUCUUGUGGAAGUGUUUGUGAGGGUCAGUGCUGCACAUCCGGAGUUCUGUUUUCUUUCAUGUAGACUUGUUUAAAGGUUCACUACACAAACAGAACUGAACAUCACUGAGACCUGCAGCGACCUCUGUAGCGCCACCUGUCGACUUAACUGAGUGUUUGCGUGAUAAAACCAGAGGGAUCCGUGGUUGCUUCUUCUCUCUAUCAGUUUUGUUUUUGGUAGCACUGGCCAUUUCCCAUUGACAGCCACCAGAGAUCGCUGUUGAGUCACCCGAUGCCUUCAGGUUUGGUUGGGAGACCUGUGAACCUCAAAGUAGUAUUUUCAUGUUUUUGCAGAACUCAGACCAGUUUCCAACUGUUUCAGACAAAAGGCCACGCCGAAAACACUCAAUUCUAGGUCACGCUCACAAUAAAUUGAGCUUUUUUUU